AUGUACGGUCCUGACACGCCCUUCGCCCCGAAGCCCAGUCUGGAAAGCCUUCCGGAGCAGCCCUCGCCUGCCUUGGAGGAUGAUGACGACGCCGAAACCUCCCCUGAAAAGCGAAGCCCAGGUGUAGAUCGGGAUUGUCCAGGUCAUGUCUUCAGAUUUCUUUCGAACAGACGUGGUGUCUGGACUGUCUUGCAGGUUGAGAACAAUGACGCCGUUGAUGGGUAUCGGCACUUUAUUUCCACAGCAGAAUGGUAUUCUCUUCGCACUCCAUAUACGCAGUACUUCACAAAGAACCAUGCCGGCAACUACUUGCCUCUGGCACACUUGCUGGAAGUGGGAACUCGGCAUGUGGGUAUCUUAGAUCGACAUCUUUCUUUGACUCCACCAAUUGCUGCCGUCUCUGAGAUCUUUCUUUCUUUUGUUCCCAAGGUGGCACGCAGACCAACCUACAAAGGCCACAUCGCCGGAUUGACUUCCCUGCCAGUGGACUGCUGCACAGUCCUGGGGAUACUUGUCACUCUGGCCACAUUGCUUCCCACAGCAAGCCUGGGACCUGAUGCUCUGAUGGAGUGUUUGGGGGUCCUGCAAACAUUCGAAGAACACAUGAGCAUCAAUGACUCCAUUCCCCUGCUGCCCCACGCCCGAGUCUUCUGUGUUCAGGUGCAAGAGAACCUGAUGCCUGUGCCAGCACUGAAAGCAGCACUGCACGAGCUUGGUCUCAGUUGGGCAAGGCCUUACCUGGGGCGGUUGAGGUUUGCAAAAAAAAUCCCUGGCAAAGACACAAAUGCCACAAUGCCGCUCAGCACCUUCCUUGUCACGUGCCUGAGGAUGAGAUCCGAUAAGGAUUUCUGGAACUCCCUUGGUUUCCGUCGCCUGACAAAACGUGUCCUGCACGUUUUUGCGCAACGUGCAGAAGAGAGUCUGGAAACGGCAACCACAGAACAAUGCCCGGACCCCAACAUUGCUCACAAGUAUCAUCCGUACAUGGCUGUGUCACGCAGGAAGGGCAACAGGUCGCUUCGCAUGAACAUGGUAAGCCGCUUCCUCUGCCGGGGUACAGGCUACGUGUCUUUGAAGGACGAAAGGUGCCUUUCGGAGCUAGAACUCGUGGCUGAGAACUCGAAUCUGGCUACCAAGACAGCCGCUGAGUUUGUGGCCCGACUUCUCCUGAAGACAGAGAGCCACGUUGCAGCUGCUCUUAGCCGUCAAGAGAUGAAGUGCCUGAACUUUUGCUUUGACGAGGCCACAGUGGCCACUGAGAAGGUCUUGUCCGUGGUGUUUAUGCUGGACGGUUGUCUUUUUCCCGGAGCCACGCAGAUGCUACCUGUGAACGUGUGUAACAAAGACGAAGCUGCAGAGGCUUCACGAAGCCUGGCUGCAGCCUUGCAGGGUCGACUGCCGCAGGACGCCACGCAGCGCAUGCAGCUUCCCAAGAACGCCUUUGCUUUCCGAGAGUUUCGCAAGCCCACAAAAGACCUGCUAGCUGGGAUUGCAAACUCUCUGCAGCAAGCCAUGCCUUCCGGGUUCACCCUUCAGAGCUGCAAGCCGCCGAAUCCCUUGAAACCUGCUGGACAAGGAUGUGAAAGACAUGUCUACGACAAUAGUGAGUUGCGACUCCUACCGCAGCAGCUUCCGUCAGACGCACACUUCUUCUUUACCUGGGACUCAGAGGCCUUGGAAUCCCGCAAGGACUUCUAUGAGCACGAAAACUUCACAAGACUGGUUUUCAGUGCCGACGAAGGGACACAGGGAUUCGUGGCAUGGCAACACCUCAGUGCCUCAGAUUGCUGGGCUGUGCUAUGGCCCGACAUCUUCCACCGCUCCGCACGGAGAUGUGCCCAGGCCAUUCGUGGCCUCACAGGGGCCGCAGAUCUGCUUAAGAAGCUGGGGGUUCUCUUUCGCUUCUCGAGGGGACCAUUCAAAACAUCAAAGUUUGGCCGUUUGGUUUCAGAUGCCCGCGACCGCAUCAUCGAGCUUCUGUCAAAGGACCCCAACGCCGACUUUGCACAGAUGUUUAUACCAGGCAUGGCUAAGGAUGCGGCAGGCUUGCACAAUGGGAGUGGGAUUGCCGAGAGCAGCUUCACAGCAGCCGAUGCUUUGAGCAUGCUACGUGACCGGCAAGGCAGGCUACAUCUUCGGGCCGAGACCUCCAAGGACAGUCGCUGGUUCAGCUUCUGGGACUACAGUGUUGCCCUGGACGGGGUAUGGCACGCAGAAGCAAUGGCUCACUGCUUCUCCUUCUUCAGUGAAGGGCGAAACCCGUGGGGGAUGACCGCCCGCAGUGAUGGCAGUGACGUGCUGGCUGAUGACACAAACCAAGACAAGAUGAGGGCCUUCAUUGUGGUGUUCCGAGCCUUGAGAAUGUUCGUGUGUGACUGUGCCCCUGGGCUGCAGUAUUGGCCCUGGGGUCAAAGGUUCUUAGUUUCAGUUCUAAAUGUUGCAUCUAAGGCACGAGACUUCCAGAACAACUCAAGCGCCUCCUUGAAGCAUGCCUUGUCCUUGGCCACUGGCAAGCGGGUGCAACGACUCAUCACGAAGAAGACUCUACAGGACGCAGCUAAAGGUGCAGCCAUCCCCUAUUGUUCUGCAGACAACGACCCCGAGUCACGCACAUGGCUGGCAAGUUUGACCCUUUGCCAUCUGAGCUCCCUGUGUUCCUUGGACGCCUACCACACCUCAUUUCCUUGGAGAGCCAUUGCAUGCCUGAACGCGCAAGCCCGGGCAAGCUGUCUGGAAGACAUGCAGAAGGAAUGGCUCUUUGUGACGGAAAUUGUCGAUGUCCUCCCGAGCAAAAGUGCUUUGUACGGUCUUCUUUCUUUCACCCGCUAUCAACCGUACAGAGACAUCAUGACAAAGGGGGAGUGUGGUGCUCAGUUUCACGGGUCCUUCAGCUUCAAGUCCGAGGCCAUGGACACCGCCGCUGGGCAGGCCUUCCGACAAUGUUGCAGAUGCAUGGCUGGCCUCACUGGCCCUGGGACUUCCAGUCUACUUUGCUCGUUGCCUUCCGAAUUGUGCUUCAACGAUCUGAGAGAUGCUGGUCGAAGGCAUGCCAAAAGCGAGAAGACAAACCCGCACAACCUGCACGCUGUGGCACACAAGUCCACCCUGAAACGCCCAGCUGGUGCCGAAGUCCUGAACCUCACUGCCCAGGAUUGGCAACAGCCACUGUCGCAGAAACACAUCAAAGCUCGGGUGCACAGUGCCUUGAAGGCUACAGACACGGAGCUGGGAAUCUGCUCAGAGGGCCUCACAAAGCAUCGCACCAAUAAGAACUACACAAAGCCACACAUACUGGUGCAGAGGCUUUCCCUCAUGAAGGUCCUCAGCACUUGCUAUCAUGUGCACAUCCGGCCAGAAUUGGACAGGCAGGAUGACAGGAAGGAGGUCCUUCUCAGUGUGUUUUCAUCCAUGUGGACAAGCAAGCUGGUUCCGGAGCAUUGCUUCAUUUCCUGCCGUGCACACCAGCCCACAGAUGACACCCGCUCGCUCGUGCUCUCCUCCGGUCCUUAUGCUGCACGCCUUUGGCCAUUGAAAAGGUUUGCAGAGAAUGUCUUUACCUUUGAGGCCUUGGAAGUUCCCCGGACAGACACAAUCGUUGGAGACCUUCACGAAGUUCACGUGGCCCUCACAGAGGAGUGCUUGGCACACGACCAGCUGGCAUGGAAGCAGGUGUCUGGUUGGAUGAGUCUGGCCAGCUACGUUGCCGAGUACUCCAUUCUUUCAGUGCCCCGCUCCCUGCUGUCUAGCAUCUGCAGUUCGCUGGGAUUGAAGCACGGCAAGCUCGACUACAAGUCUCGGGUCAAGCUUUUCCUUGAACAUGAGAAGAAGUCAGAGAAGUACAUCAGCGAGAUUUUGGAAGAGCUUCCUGACAAGGAGGCUGACAAAGCAGCAGAAUCCUACAUGCUCUAA